AUGAAGGUCUCUGUGGCUGCCCUCACCAUCCUCGUCGCCGUCUUCUGCCACCAGAGCUCUGCUGCACCACUAGGCUCCGACCCACCGAUCUCCUGCUGCUUCACCUACACGGCCCGGCAGCUGCCCCGCAGCUUCGUGGAGGAGUACUAUGAGACCAGCAGCCAGUGUCCCCACCCAGCUGUCAUCUUCAUCACGAGGAGGGGUCGCCAGGUCUGCGCCAACCCCGAGCAGGAGUGGGUCCAGGAGUACAUGAACGACCUGGAGCUGAACUGA